CGUGCUGGCUCGGGACAGCGCGAGCCGCGGGCCACUCGGUCGAUUCAUCCAACAAGUGUCUGUCCGUUUCUCUUUCUCCAAACUCUCUCCGGGACAGCUCAGCGAUUUUUUUCUUUCGAAAUGUCCGUUGCGCGCGUUCGUUGCGUUCAAGCUACACCGAAGCGGAGGCGCGUCUCGACGUAAACCUCGUUUGUUUUAUUGACCACACGCGCCGACCUUUAGGGAAUAAUUAAGAAAAAAAAAAUGGCGAUGUGCUUGUUAAAACGUUUGCGGCGUCCCGGUCGUUAAAAGUGUCAGCGGUUGUCUUUUUUUUUUUUUUUCUUUUUGGUUUUAAAGUUGUGUGAGUUUAAUUUAGUUACCGCUGACCGCAGAUAAUUCGGUAAAGAGGCGUGUUGGCGGACAGAGUUUUGAGUGGAAAGUAAUGGAAAUUGAUGAGCCCGCAUCACCGGACCUGAACCACGACAGCUCUCAGAGUAAAAGAGGAAAUCCAGUGCACAAGAAAUCCCAUCUUACUCAGAUCGAGGUGAUCCCAUGUAAGAUCUGUGGAGAUAAGUCAUCAGGGGUUCAUUAUGGAGUUAUCACUUGUGAGGGCUGCAAGGGCUUCUUUCGCAGAAGCCAGUCCUCCAGCGUGCAGUACUCCUGCUCCAGACAGAGCAACUGUCCUAUCGACCGAGCCAGCCGUAACCGCUGCCAGAGCUGUCGCCUCAAAAAAUGUGUCGCUCAGGGAAUGAGCCGCGAUGCGGUGAAGUUUGGCCGGAUGUCUAAGCGCCAGAGAGACUCUCUGUUUGCAGAAGUUGAGAGACACCGGCAGCAGCAGCGUCUUCAGGCCAACUCAGUGCAAGAGCCCCAGCCUCUUCCAGCCUACCGAUCCAGCAAAGAGCCCAGAGAACAGUCGUCACAUCUCAUCCCACCUCUACCUCCAUCCUACCCUUACUCUGUCGAGCCUGAACUGCAAGGCUGCCCUGCAGAGGUGCAUCCAUACCUGGAGUGUCGCAUAGGCGAGGCCCAGGCUCAGAGUCUGGCCUACAGGGGCUCCCACAGGAGAGGUGAGAGCAACAUCUUGCCAGCUGGGAGAGGAUUUGACUCCACAAGGUCUACACCAGAGGCUAUUCUGAACAUGAGCGGCAGUGAAAUGGGCUUUCGUCCUUUUGACCCUGAGAGCUCAUUCUUUUCUUACCCGACAUCUCUGCACAUAGAGGAGCUCUCUGCAAGUAUCGUACGCUCCCACCGAGAGACGACUCAGUAUCGACCGGAAGAGCUGCAGGCUCUCAGAUGGAAGGUUUUUAACAGAGAGGAGAUCCACGCUUACCAGAGCAAAUCGGUGGAUGAGAUGUGGCAGCACUGUGCGGUGCGCUUGACAGAUGCGGUUCAGUACGUGGUGGAGUUUGCUAAACGUAUCCCAGGAUUCCGUCAGCUUUGUCAGAAUGAUCAGAUUGCUCUCCUCAAGAGUGGGUCUAUGGAAGUGGUACUCGUCCGGAUGAGCCGGAUGUUUAACACAGAAAACAACACAGUAUUCUUUGACGGCAAAUUUGCAGGAACAGAACUUUUUAAAUCCCUCGCUUGUGGCGAUCUAAUAGCUGCUGUGUUUGACUUCGCUCACAACCUGUGUGCGCUGAGACUGACUGAACAGCAGAUGGCAGUUUUCACUGCGCUCGUCCUCCUCAAUGCAGUAGAUCGACCGUGUCUGGAGGACAGAGAACGAGUGCAGAGAGUCCGGAGAGAUGUGGAGCUUGCCCUUAGUCACAUUCUGCACAGAGACAAUCAAGAGAGUCUACUGCUUAAGCUGUAUCAAAGAGUCCCAGUGCUGAAGUCUCUGUGCGCGCUGCAUAUUGAGAAACUGCAAUGGUUCCGGCAGCUUUACCCUCUCACGGUGCAUUCCCUCUUCCCUCCUCUAUACAAAGAGCUGUUCGGCUCUGACACAGAUAUACAGACGCUGACCACUCAUUAAACACACAGGCGCAUUUCAUUUGCAGACGAAGACACCACACACACAACACACACACACUCGCAGUUACAUAUAAUGUAUGCAAUCUAGAUCUAAAUAUAUUAUUUACCUGCUGAAGAAAUGAAAUAUAUUUUUGUAACUCUCAGAAGAACAGAAAAUAAUAUUAAAAGAGGCAUGCGGUAUUUUGUGCAAAUUCUAUUGUAUAGGCCAAAAGCUAAAUAUUACUACAAAUGCUAUUCAGUUUGUGUACUUGGAUGUGUUUUAAUGUUUUUGAAGAUGUUGAUGAUCCUAGCUGGCGUAAAGGAGCUUUAGCUGUGAUUUCAUAGAGCUGAUCGGUUUUGAGACCGGCAAAAAGUAGAUUAUAAAUGAUAUUUGCAGAUCUUAAAGCGUCGUGGAAGAAGGAACUGGUACUGCGGAUGAUUUUGAGUCCCUCUUCUGUCCUCUUUCUUGAUUUCUCAGGCAGUACAGACAGAGACAUGAAUGCUUAGUGACUUCUGUUACUCAUAGCCUGUUACAUUAGUGCAUUAAUUUAAAUAUGUUCUAUUUUGACACCUCGCGUAUCAGCUUUUUUUUUGUACUCCCCUGCUGUUAAAGCUCGUCUUGGCACUUAUAAUGCUUAUCUUUCAUCGUGUCCUUGAAUUCAGCAUUCCCUUCAAACAGACCAUCUUAAGAUGGAUUUUCUCUGUGCAGAAGAAUUAUCACACAGAUUCGACAAUAUUUAUGCAUAAAGGUCUAAAAAUGUAUAGAAUACUUCUGUGGAAUACAAUAUUAUUCAAUAUGCUUGCGUAGACACUUAGAUCGACAACAGUUUUAUUUUGUCUUAAUUUGUGGAAAUCUAUAAACAAAUGUUCAAAUGUUUAUUUGCAGGAGUACGUGUGCUUUAUAAAUCAAAAGCCUCUGUGCAUUUUCCCUACCUGUUCUAGUUUUUGGUUUUUUAUUUUUGACGCAGUUCCAUGUUGUAUUUUGCGUCGACUUUAACUUAUCGCUAAGACCGAGGACGAAACCCUGUUAUUCUUUUGGUUUUGUUCCGUUUUGGAGCAUAAAUACCUGUUACCUAUCUGUUGUUGUUGCUUUGCAGAAAAGGCCUCAAAUAAACAUCUGAAAAGUA